UCGACUCCUGCCUCCUCCAUCUCCUUGGGAUCAAGGUUCACCUCCUGCCCCGAGACAUGUCCUGCUACAACCAGUGCCUGCCAUGCCUGCCACGUGGACCCUGUGGCCCCACCCCGCUGGCCAACAGCUGCAAUGAGCCCUGUGUCCAACAGUGCCAGGACUCCACCGUCGUCAUCCAGCCCUCUCCCGUGGUGGUGACCCUGCCCGGCCCCAUCCUCAGCUCCUUCCCGCAGAACACCGCCGUGGGAUCCUCCACCUCUGCUGCCGUUGGCAGCAUCCUCAGCUCUCAGGGAGUGCCCAUCUCCUCCGGGGGCUUUGGCCUCUCCGGCUUCGGCAGCCGCUACUGCGGCACAAGGUGCCUCCCCUGCUAAAGCUGCUGGUGAUGGUCCUGGAGAAAAACCCCCAGGGACCCAGAAGCUGGUAGUGGACUGUGCACAGACCAUUGGUUUGUUGUAUUCAGAGGGGUCAAACCAUCCCCAGCAACCCUUCCAAGAGGAUGGAGCCAGUCUGGGCUCUUGGAAAAAUCAUGUCUGCCUUUCCCCUCCUCCACUCUCUCCUUUCCCACCUGUGUCCUUCUUUUGCUCAGCACUGCUCCACUGGGCUCUGAGCCCCACAGCGUCAACCUAGAGAGGACCUGCUGGCAGUUCUCCUACAGUAAGUGGGCUGAUGGACAGCUGGUGGGAUGACCACCAUGGCCACACAGCUCACACUCUCGUCUGCCUCUGGUGCUUCCUGCACUGGGGCCCCCUCUCAGAGUGACCUCGUUUCCCCCAUUUGACUCUAAUAUUAAAGUUCUGCUGCAUC